AUGAAUGAGGUAUAUAUAGUAUAAACAUAAUUUAGAAUCUAAAUCUACAAAAACUGUUGAAUAAUCAUCUAAACCCAACUGUUGAUAACCUUUAGAUUAUAUAUUCCAAAUUACAACAGUUAUAAUAUUUUAACUCGUUCAUAGAGAAGAAUCUUAAGGGAACAUAGAGAGAAAGUCUCCUUUAUGUACAUAAAAAUAUCUAUAUUAGUUAUGUGGCAAAUUCAGAAUGGAACACUUUAAAGGAGGAGAAGUAAUAUUCAAAGAGGGAGACAAGUCAAACGAUAAAUUAUAUAUAAUAUUUAAUGGUAAAGUGGCUUUGAUGAAGGCUAGACCUUAAUAAAUGUAAUAAAUAAUAGAAAAACCUCCUGAAAUUUAAAAAACACCAGCGGUACAAUAAAAUUAGUUGCCAAAACCUGUUCCUCUAAUACCUCAGUAUUCAUAUAAUUUUGAUUCAUAUAGAAAAACUACUGGGACAAACUUUUUUAGAUAAAUAGCAUAUUCUAAAAGGUUUGCUGAUAAAAUGAAAGGAAAUAUAGUGUAGGGCUUAACUAAUGAAAGAGUAUAAAUAACAUAAUAGGAAAUUUAAGUUUUAAGCGAGAAAUAUGGAGAAACUAUUAGGGUAUUAAAAAGAGGAGAAGGAUUCGGAGAUAGAGCUUUAUUAGAGAAUGUUCCAAGAGCUUUAACAGCUUGUGCAUAAACUCAAGAUUUAUUUUUAUUGAUAUUGAAAAAAGAUGAUUUUGAUUUAAUUCGUCAACAAUUCAUAUAACAGAUGAAAGAAAAGAAAAGCUUAAUAUUUACUAAAUUUCCUGUUUAAGGGGAUUAUUCAUCUAAAUAAUUAGAACAUUUAGCAUAUAGUUUUGAUGUUGAAUAAUUUUAAAAAAACUUUAUAUUAACAAUUGAUGGACAUCCAAAAAAAUCAUUUUAUUUGAUUCAAUAUGGAGAUAUACUAAUAGAAAAGUUAAUAAAUGAUUAAAUGACUAAAAUUUGUAUUUUAAGUAAUAGUAUAAUAAAAUUCUUAUAGCCAAAGGAUAGUUGUUAGGUGAAGAGAUUGUUAUGAAUGAGGAUGGAUGUUGUGAAUAUAAUUCAAUAGUAUUAUCAAAUGAAGUUACAGUUAUGGUUAUUCAUAAACAUGAGUUUUUAUAAAAAUUUCCUGAUGAAUGUAAAUAAUGGGUUAGAGAAGAGUAUUUUAAGAAAAGUAAAUUUAGAAAUAUGUUUUAAUCUAAAAAUAUGGAAAGUCUUACAGGAAUAGGAAAACCUAAUUUUAGUAUAGUAAAACAAUUUAUAGAAAUAAAAAAUAAUCCAUUGAAAAUAAAAAGUAAAGAAUCAGAGGAUAGAAUUGAUAUUGGAACUCUAAUUGAAGAAAAGAAUUAAAUUUAUUUAUAAAAGUAUUAGAGUGAUCCAGAGAAAGAUGCAACAGCUACAUUAUUUGGAUAAGAUUUAUAUUAAACACCAAAAUUAGGUUUUAUUCCUAGAUAUGAUAAAUUAAGUAAUAUACAUCUUAGAUCAUUUAAAGAAUAAUAUUUAAAGAAAUUAUGUUCUAAAAAGAGAAAGCUUGAGUUUUUAAAACCUCUUUCUUUAACAGCUCGAGGAUUUAAUUUAAAAACAAAUCAAUCAGAAAACUUGAGCAAACAUAAACAUACACAUACUCUAACAUAAUCUACUGCUAUUAAUUCAUUUACUCCAUGUCUCUCUUCAUCGCCUAAUUAUACAAUUAGUAAAGAAUUUAAUUGA